UUUUUUUCUUUCCUUUGUUCAUUUUACAUGAUAAAAGAAAAAUAUCUCCUUUGCCUCUUACUCUUCUUCUCCGUUUUCAAAUCAAUCUCGUUCUCCCUCCGAGAAAGCGGGAUCAAGAUCCUCCAUUUUGAUCUGCCUCUCCCUCUCCCUCUCCCUCUCUCUGUUUCUGUUUCUGUGUUCUGAGUUUCUCUCGUUCCUGUCCGAGAGCUUCGACGUAAGAAAAUGGCGGUGAUCAACAGGCUCUUCCGCUUGGCGCGUAGUUCUCAGGUUAAUUUCUACAGCAGGAAUGCUGCUUCUGUCAAAUUUAUUCCUGGGAGUUCCACCUCAAGAUCAUUCAGUACAGAGGCAUCUCAAGAGAAGAAAAGUCCGGUGGGGUAUAAAGGUCAUGAUAUGCUUGCACCAUUCACAGCUGGAUGGCAGACUGCUGAUUUGGACCCCUUGGUCAUAGAGAAAUCUGAGGGUAGCUAUGUGUAUGAUAAUCAUGGGAAGAAGUAUCUUGAUGCUCUUGCUGGUUUAUGGUGUACCGCUCUAGGAGGAAAUGAGCCACGGCUUGUUGCUGCUGCUACUGCACAACUGGAUACCUUGCCAUUUUACCACUCCUUUUGGAACCGUACUACAAAACCUUCUCUGGAUCUUGCUAAGGAUCUUUUAGAAACGUUCACAGCUAAAAAUAUGGCUAAAGCUUUCUUUACAAACAGUGGAUCAGAGGCCAACGAUACACAGGUGAAGCUCGUUUGGUAUUACAAUAAUGCCCUUGGAAGGCCCGAGAAGAAAAAAUUUAUUGCACGAGCGAAAUCGUACCAUGGUUCUACUCUGAUAUCAGCAAGUUUAUCUGGCCUUCCAGCACUUCACCAAAAGUUUGAUUUGCCGGCACCGUUUGUGCUACAUACCGAUUGCCCUCAUUACUGGCGUCAUCAUCUUCCGGGUGAGACGGAGGAGGAAUUCUCGACAAGAUUAACCAAGAAUUUAGAGGAUCUUAUCAUCAAAGAAGGACCCGAAACAAUUGCUGCUUUUAUCGCCGAGCCAGUCAUGGGAGCCGGGGGAGUGAUUCCUCCACCUGCAACCUACUUUGAAAAGGUCCAAGCUGUCCUUAAGAAAUAUGAUAUCCUGUUCAUCGCUGACGAGGUGAUAUGUGCAUUCGGAAGGCUUGGGACAAUGUACGGAUGUGACAAAUACAACAUCAAGCCGGAUCUCGUGUCUUUGGCUAAGGCCCUCUCUUCUGCAUAUAUGCCCAUUGGAGCCAUUCUUAUGAGCCCAGAGGUAGCAGAUGUCAUUUAUUCCCAAAGCAACAAGCUAGGUUCUUUUUCGCAUGGGUUUACUUAUUCUGGCCAUCCUGUCGCCUGUGCUGUUGCCAUUGAGACGCUAAAGAUUUACAAGGAGAGAAAUAUUGCCGAGUAUGUAAAUAGCGUUGCCCCGAGAUUUCAAGAUGGUCUGAAAGCUUUCUCUAGCAGUCCUGUUAUUGGAGAGAUAAGAGGAACGGGUUUGAUCCUUGGGACCGAGUUUGUAGACAACAAAUCUCCCAACGAGCCGUUUCCACCGGAGUGGGGUGUUGGUGCGUAUUUCGGGGCCGAGUGCCAAAAACACGGGAUGCUAGUUCGGGUGGCAGGUGAUAACAUAAUGAUGUCCCCGCCUCUAAUAAUCACCCCUGAAGAGAUCGAAGAGUUGAUUGGUGUCUACGGGAAAGCGUUGAAGGCGACGGAGGAGAGAGUGAAGGAACUCAAGUCUCGGAGCAAUUAGUGUGUAAGCAACCGAUGAUGAUGAUGAUGAUAACCAAAGCAUGCCAUUGAUGCUGCUUAUGUUCAUGGUGUUACCAAACUAUGUUCAAUAAAGAAAGAAAAAGCUUGAAGCUUUAUAAUAUCUCGUAUAAUUUAAUA